CGCCGGUCAAGUCCUCGGAGGUCAGCCAUGUAACCACCCGUCGGGCGGCCGCGGCGGCCCGCACGGAGAGUCUGGACGAGACGGGGAUGUCUCUGAAUGAUGACACUCAGACAGCGGAGGAACAGAGCAUCGAGGAGAGGGUACUUCCGGCGACUGGCGGCGUCCAGCCAGCUCUCGCUAAACGAAGCCGUCCAGAGCAUGAUGAGCGAGCUUCGCCAAUUUAGGGAAGAAAUGCGGGACGAAGUGAAAACCAGGCGAGCCGAGAUCAAGUCUCUCAGGGACGGCUUGCUGCAGUUGUCAGAGAGGGUGGACAGCUGGACUCACGUCGUCAGCCUGGACGAGCGAAUGAAGGCGCUGGAGCUCAAGGCCAACCAGGGCGACGAGGCCAAUACGGCGUCGGUCGCGGAGCUGGAGCGGACGGUCGCGGGACUCAGGCUCGAGCUGAACGACCGGGAGCGGGAGCGCAGUGUUUUGUGUUCUGUUGUUGUGUUGUAUGGUAUUUAAUAAAAAAUGGAUGAAGGAUUCGAAAAAGGACAAUCCGAUAACCUACCGAGAGUGGACGGACUCAUGAUUGCUCAAUAUUUAGCGACAAACAGCGAUUUCUUUGCCGUCGAAAUGCGAGGCGUAAAAAUGCACAGAUCGGCAAGAGAGAGCUAUGGCGAUGACGCUAUUGUUUAAGUACAGACGACAGCACAUCAGGCUAUACAUUUUCGUAGCAAAGUCGCCCUUAUCGCAACUAGGUAAGAUACCAGUGUUUACGUUAACGUGCUGUCGACUGUACAAGUUAAACGAGAAGGUGAUGUGUGUACGGUCAAAUGUAGAAUCACACCGGAACACACCGUACGUACCAAACCAUACCACUGUAGUUUAGAAUGCAAUGAAAAGGAUCAAGAAGUUUUAAAUGUAUCCUGCGAAGAUUGUACCGCCAGCAGUGGUGGAUGUAAGCAUACCAUUGCAUUUUUAAUGUGGCUACAUCGUCGAAGCGAAGAGCCUUCAACAACUGCUACCAAAUGUUACUGUUAUGUGCACGCGACUGAUAUUCAUUGGAACGGGAGAAAGAGACAUAGAGAGAGAGAGAGAGACAGUCAGUGUCACGUCGCGUCGCUACGUGCGCACACCUCCAUACAUCUCUUGUUUUCAAUUUUGUAACUUUUUAGUAUUUUUAUGACGCAGGAUUUAUAUUAUAUCAAAGCCCUUAUCAAUACGAUUCAAAUGAACCCAAACUUGAUGCGACCUUCCAGCUCCAUCAUCAGACCCUGAUUACUAUAUAAAAAUGAAGUACUCGUCAAUACAAAACGAACGAGCCCAAACUCGAUGGAGUUAAGUCGUUUUAUUAUGGAGUUCCUGUGGCCACCUUCCAGCUCCAUCAUCAGAUCAGCUCCAUGUCAUCAUAAUAUUGCAUGGUCAUCCAAAUUACAUGUGUAUGCGAAAUUUCAUCUCAAUCGGUUGUCCGGAAGUGGGUCUAAUUCAGCUUGCAAGAUUCCACGGUUCCUUCCACCUAUACAAGUUUGAGCCAGUCACUAUAUUAUGACGUCACACGCAUAAAAUGGCGGGCCAGGCGCCGCCCGCACCUUUAAAAUUCAAUAUCUUGGAAACUAAUAGGCUAUUUGACAAAUUUUGAAAAUCGUUUUAAAUGAUUCUAUGAUAUACUAUAAGCACACUCCAUUAAUAUUUCUGGCAGAUUUACUGUAUUAUUAGUAAAAAACGGUGUAAAAGUUUAAAUUAUCAAAACCGCGCCAAAAACGAUGUUUCUGACUCGUGUGACGUCACACACCAGUAAACAAAUUUCUAACCUCUAAAAAGAUACGUCAGUGGGAAUAACACUGAAGAGAAUUUUAUUAAUUUCCUUCAAAUUUAAUGGUUAAAAUGGUUUAUAAAUGGUGUGUAGUGCCGCAUUGUACAAAUACGUCUAUAAAGGAUCCAAACAAAGUAUUUGUUUCUGUACCAACGAAUCCCAAGAGACGGAAAAUGUGGUUACAAUUAGCUAGAAGAGACCCAAAUUGCAUGUUAACGCAUACAAAUGUGUUUAUGUGUGAAGAUCACUUUAAUAUGGAAACUGACACCAAGAACUAUAACAUGUAUAAAAUGGGCUUUAGUCAAAAGAUACUUUUAGCAGAUGAAGCCGUGCCAACUAAAUUUGAUUGCCAAGAGGAUCGCAAAAGACGGCUGUCCAGUGAAGGAUCUUCUCGAAAAGUAUUCCUUAAAAGGCAAAGAACUGAUCUUAUUACAGAAUGUCUUCAAAAUCAAAGUGUUACUGAAACUGAAAGAUUACAAAAAGAUGAAGUUAUGACACAAAUGAUUGAACCUGAAGAAUUACCAAGAACUCAAGACAAAGAAAGUAUCACCAAUCCUAUUAUAACUCUAGAAAAAUCUGUUCAAGUAUCAACUAAAGUGAUAAGGCAUUAUAGGAGCAAAGCUGUUCAAACAAUAUGUCAGAAUAAAAGUAUUUCCACCUCCCCAUUUAAAGUUUCUACAACAUCUCGUUUCACCUCGCCUUUUAAGCCUGAAUCAUGUCGUCUUCAAGUAUCACAAUCAGGAGCUGUUAAAGUAUUUAAAAGAAAUAUUGGCCUUGAAGAUGAAAAAUCUGAUAGUGAUAUUUCUUUGUUUGAAAGUGGUCAUUCAUCUCCUUUUAUACCUACAUCAUCAUCAAAGGUUACUGAUUCCGAUAGUAAUGUGACUGAUACCAAUGAAAAUAUUGAACAAUUACAAUGCCUUAAAAAUACUAUGCGUUUGAUUGAAAAGAAACCUUUGAUGUAUGUUGGUAUAACCAAAGAAUGUUAUUUCCUAAUUCAGUUAAUACAUAAGCACACAAAUAUAAAAGUGGAAAACAUAUUGCUAUGCUUGAAAAAAAUUAGAUUAAACAGUACAUUUUCUGAACUAGAGGAUAAUUUUGGAAUAUCAUUAUCUUAUGCCAGUAAACUAUUUGUAGGAAACAUACCAAUAAUAAGUAGUGUUUUAAGACCAUUCAUUGUAAACUUGGAUAAAAAAAUUAUUUAAAGUAAUCUUCCUAUUGCAUUUAGACACAACUAUCAUAAUGUCAGUUGCAUUAUUGAUUGUCUAGAAAUUGAUAUACAAAAACCAUCUAAGGCUCUUCAUCAAGCACUGACAUGGUCAGAAUACAAAAAGGGGAAUACUGUGAAGUAUUUAAUAUCCUGCACUCCUAAUGGAUUGGUUAAUUAUGUUUCUCAAGGGUUUGGGGGUAGAGCAAGUGAUGUUACGAUAGUAGAAAACUGUAAGUUUCUAAAUGGAUUACAACCAGGAACCUGCAUCUUAGCUGACAGAGGUUUCAAGCAUCUUGAACAAAUGCUUCAUGAGAAGGGUAUGAAACUAUUAAGGCCACCAAGUGUAAGUGCUGGCACAAAGUUAUCGAAAUCUGAAGUUCGACAAACUAAAAUAAUAGCUAGCUUGCGAAUACAUAUCGAAAGGGUAAUAAGACGAGUAAGGGAAUUCCAUAUGCUAAAACAACAUUCAGUGAUUAAAACCAACAUACUUCGUGUGCUUGAUCAUGUUAUUAUUAUU